AUGGAGAACAGAAAGUUCCACGUCUUGAUCUAUGAUCGUGGAUGGGAGUGUGACUGGAUAAGUGGCACUAUCAAUGAGCGACCUACACUCGUGGAUUGGAUCGCAGAUAGGGAGCAGCGAGAUAUUUUGAAGAAGAUUGGUGAAGAAUACAACUAUGUUGUAUCAGCUGUACGUAUCCAAGAGUCACCACUGUCACUCUUUGAGCUCUCUAAGAUACUCACGGAUCAUGAGCGUAUGUUAAAGGAAGUAGGUGAGUCCCGGCAAAAUGUUGUUGCCACUGCAAAUGUUACUCAACGGUCCUCCAACAAUGGAUGGUCAUCUCAAGGUAUUGUUUGUCAGUUUGCUAAUCUGCCUACACAGCAACAUAUCCCUAUCCUGGGAAAGUCGGCGUCGACGAACUCACGCUUACCUAAGUCAAGCGUACCAUCACAGUCGCCGGCAGUGUCACCUACGCCGGCGGUGGGUUUCAGUCAGCUAGGGUCCUCUGGUCCGACGUUUAGUAGGAGUCCUGGCACCUCCACUAGACCGGUUGUUGUAACGCCUUCCCCUCCGCCACAGUUAUCUCCUGCACCAGUGCCAUCCCCACCACCUGCGUCGUCACCUCCUCUUGUAUCGUCACCUCCUCUUGUGUCAUCACCACCACCUGCGUCAUCUCCUCGACCGGCGUCGUCUCGUCCACAGGCGUCGUCUCCUCUACCGGCAUCGUCUCCUCCACCAGCGUCAUCUCCUCCACUAGCGUCGUCUCAUCUAUCGGUUUCGCCCCUUCCACCGACGUCACAUAUGUCAGAGUAG